AUCAGUUUCUCAGUCAGACAAACACAGGAUGAGCCGGCCGGUGUUGCGGCAGCCUCAGGCUCUGGUUUCCUCUGACGCAGCUGAGUGGGCCUCAGGGAUCUGUGACUGCUGCCACGACAUGAGAGACUGCUGUUUCGCAUUCUGGUGUUUUCCCUGCUUCGCCUGCAAAACCAGCAGAGAGUUGGGUGAGAGUCUCUGUCUCCCCAUGCUGGACGUCUUCGGCUACAUCCCGCCCAUCACCAUGUCCAUGAGGGUCUCCGUACGCCAUCGCUACGGCAUCCAGGGCAGCUUGUGUAACGACUGUGUGUGCUCCACCUUCUGCCUGUCCUGCGUCUGGUGUCAGAUGUCCAGAGAGAUGAAGAAGAGGAAGCUCCCCGCUGUGCUGGGUGACAUCAUCCAUAGCUGAUGACAUCAUCGCUGUGACAUCACUGCUCCCAAACAGACUCACGACUUAAAGGACCAGUGUUUAGGAUUCAGGUUGCAAAAAAUUCUACACACUGCACCUUUAAAAGGCUGAACGUCAGAUUCUUCUCUGUAACUAAUCAAUAAUCAAUACCAAUA